AUGCCUCCCAAAGCCGCCGACAAGAAGCCCGCCGCCAAGGCCCCCGCGACGGCGAGCAAGGCUCCUGAGAAGAAGGAUGCAGGCAAGAAGACUGCUGCAUCGGGUGACAAGAAGAAGCGCUCCAAGACUCGCAAGGAGACGUACAGCUCCUACAUCUACAAGGUCCUCAAGCAGGUGCAUCCCGACACGGGUAUCUCGAACCGCGCCAUGUCCAUCCUGAACUCCUUUGUCAAUGACAUAUUCGAGCGUGUCGCCACUGAAGCCUCCAAGCUGGCUGCUUACAACAAGAAGUCGACCAUUUCCUCGCGGGAAAUCCAGACCUCAGUCCGCCUGAUCCUGCCAGGUGAACUGGCCAAGCACGCCGUCUCUGAAGGCACCAAGGCCGUCACCAAGUACUCCUCGUCCACGAAAUAA